AUGGCAUAUAUGAAAAACAAAUUUUUCUCAACCAGACUUGGUUCUACAAUACAAAAACAAAUUGAAGAAAAGACACUAACACCAACACCAACACCAACAACUACAACUACAACUACAACUAUAACAACAACAACAACAACAACAACAACUACCACUACUACUACCACUACUACUACAACUACUACUACUACUAUUACAACAACAAAAACAACAGAACAAUGA